GAUGGGAAACAGAACCACGUGAGUUUCCCAGAGUUCCAGCAGAACGGCACAGCGAAACAGUUCUCCCAUGACUACAUCAAUGAAGUUCUGCACGAGGACAACGACACGACGGAUCCAAAAUCAAGCAAGGAAGAUUGGGACAGUCCGAUCACGUUCACCGCAAAAUCUUCGCCUGAUGAGGAGGAGGAAUGCCCAUUGAGUGCGGCAACGGAAGGAAGCGGAAGCUUAACCAGUCAGUUAACGCCUCUGAUGGGCCCCAAAAGUGCUAAAAAAACGACCGCCAUCGAGGGUUGCCUCCCUUGGCGCAGGGACAAAAACCCAUUCAAUAACGAUGACAGUCCUUACUCAGACACUGGAAAACGUUUAUCUAAGGGUUCCAUAGACGGCGGUGAUCUGAUGCGCGUCACGACGCCCACGGCUACGGAGAGCGUGUUGCCAUGGAAACGAGAUGACGAGCUCGAGGGAUGCGGCCCUCUGCAGCAGUGCGAGUUCCCGGCCUGGGCUUCCAACAAGGAGUAUCUCGCCUACAAUUCACCCUCGGCCACCUUCUUAGGUAUUUAUUUACUUAUUUUUGCAUUCCCAGCAUCACCGUGCAUAAUUCCAUACAAUUUCACGGAUCCAUCUAGCUACAAUUCGGAAUUCUCCUGUUUGCAAUUCAAAGUGAAAACUUUGUCAAAGUUUUCCUAA